AUGAAUUUCACCUUCGACUUAGUUCAAAACAUCUCUCAACUGCUGUCACCUCUAAUAACUGAAGAUGAAUUAAAAUAUCUUGAAAAACUUCCAAGAGGACCUUUAUCUAGUAAACCGUCUAAUAAAGAUACUUUUGUUCCUAGUCUAUUGAAAAAUGCAGAAGAUGAAGUUCUACGUUUAUAUUAUAAGCAGGAAUACUUUAGAAAAGCCUAUAAUGAUACACUUGAACGAAUGAAUACUUUAGCUAACAGUCUGCCAUCAUAUGCUCUUGACUAUAUUACAACGCCAGGAGAUCAUGAAGACGUAAUUAACAAAGAAGGUGGAGAGGAGGAGGAUAUUCCACUUGAUCCUGAUUAUAUUAAUUUUAUGAUGAAAACUAUACAACACCGUCGAAAUCGUGAUAAUAUUGAAUCAAAUUUAUACGAUAUUCAAUCAAUGUUGAAAGCACCACCUCGUAAAUUGAAUAAAUCUACAGAUAUUCAAGCAAUUGACUCUCAAGUUGAAAUGCUUGAAGCUUCUCUAUUACAUUAUUAUGAAUUUUUAUCACCAUGUCGUGAUUCACCAGUAUGGCCUGUUUUACCAUUAAAACGAAGUUUGUAA